AUGAGCGGGUAUUGGGGAAACGUAACUAGCUCCGUAGAUUGGUGUGAAGAAAAUUAUACGCAUUGUUUUUACAUUGCAGAAUUCUGGAAUACAAUUUCGAGCUUUGCAAUGAUUGCAUUAGGGCUGCUUGGUGUGGCACUUCAUCACCAAUCAUUGGGUUGGAGACUAUCAAAUAGUUAUCUUUUAAUUUGCGUGGUUGGUAUAGGAAGUGUAUUAUUUCAUGCCACUUUACAAUUUGAGCAUCAAAUGUGGGAUGAAGUACCAAUGAUCUGGUGUGCAUGCUACCUUUUGUUUGUUUUGUUGGACGAAUUUAGAUACAGAGGAAGAUGGGUGGCAGUGUCGAUUGCAUGCUACUGCUUAUUUGCUACUCUUGUUACUAGUCGCAACAAAGGUUCUACCCAAUUUUACAUGUUUCAAACCUCGCAAGUAUAA